AUGUCUUUCAACAUCGUGAGACGAUCUUUUCCUGUUAAAAGACCAUUGACAACUGGCUACUCUUUCCCAUCUAGUCGUGCUGCAGUUAUUAUCAAGCCAUUACCUAGAUAUCAGCCUGUCAGACACUUUUCAUACGGAUAUGUACGUUAUAAUCAGUUACAAACUGAAAAUAAGUCUCUCUUGAACGAAACGAACGAGGCAGUUGCAAAUCAACCUACAUCUCGAAUCGGCAAGUUGAUUCAACAGUCAAAGGAAUUGGUUAAAUUUUACAAGGACGGCAUCAAACUUCUUUGGUCGAACCACAAAGAAGCUAAAGCAUUGCAGUUAAAGGUUCAGAAUGAAGGUUAUGAACUAAGUCGAUCUGAAUUUCAAUUGAUUCAUCGGGCUCAAAAGGAUAUCAUCAAGCUUAUUCCCUUUGGUAUCAUUUUCUGUAUUCUUCCUGAAUCUAUUCCCUUACUUGUUAUUUAUGUACCAGCCAUGAUCCCAAGCACUUGUUUAAAGGACAGUCAAAUUCAAAAACAACGAGAAAAAUUGGAUAAAGUGCGACAAAAGAUGACAAUGAACGUAUUAAAAUCUGCAGAACAAGUUCAAGGGGUAAAAACUCUAUUUAUUACACCUGAGGACUUUUUAUCUCUUCCCAAGUUUCAACGCAUUGCUAAGCACUAUGCAUAUGACUUUGAUUUAAGCCGUAUCGAUAGAAGACAUCUCUCUGCUUACUGCAGAUUUAUGGGUUUGAAUGACUAUGGUACUCAGGGAAUACUUAAGAAAAGACUUGCAAAAUAUAUGAAUUAUAUAGAAAAGGAUGAUAAACUUCUUGCUAAAGAGGGCAUUGACAAUUUGGAUAUUAAAGAAUUAAGCACUGCAGUUGAAGAACGUGGUAUGCGUUCUUUGAACGAGUCUGAAGAGCAAAUGAGACGUGCUUUGAAAUAUUGGCUUGCAGUAACUCAGAAUCAACAGUCUGGACAGAUCACUAUUCCACCUGGCUUGCUUGUCUUUAGUAGAAUGUUUUUACUUAAUGCAAAAUAUUGA